GAGCGCUGCCAGCCCCAGGGCCCCAGCAGGGUUCAAUGGUUCCUGACCCCUCCUCUCCUCACAGCCCAUCCGUGCCGGCCCUCCCUGGGGCGCCGAAUGGAACCGGGACCCUCCCUCACCUGCUCCGUGGGGACCGCCUGCCCCCAUCCCCCCUCCUGGUACGACCGAGAUGGCGUGUGGCCGAGCGCAGAGCAAACCCUGGGCAGGGCUGGGGAGACCGAGCUGCGAAUAUCCCCGUCCCAGCUGGACCCCGGCGCGGCGCUGAGAUGCCGGGUGGUUGGAUACAGGGAUGAGUGUGACUCUGACCAAUCCCGUCCCCUGGGGACAGUCACCCCCAACGUGCGCAGGGUCGAGGGUUUGUGGCCGGCAGGGAAGGCAGCGCUAAGGGAAGGUGACGGUUUUACCCUGCGCUGCUGGGCUGCUGCCCUGCGGCCCAUCACCGGGUACGUCUGGUCCCGCGGGGACGUGUGGCUCCCAGAAGCCGGGCAGGAUUUACGUGUUGACAAGGCAGCCGUCUCUGACGGAGGGAGCUACGCGUGCGGGGUCUGGGUCUCCGGCCCCGGCUGGGGGUAUCUGAGUCUCUCUGCGAGGGAAUCGGUCGAAGUUCAGCGUAAGUAUCAAAAGCUGGAGAGAGCCUCCUCCCUCGCAGCCCCCGAUACUCCCCACACGGCCUCCUGGAGCAGCCCCGCGUGCCCCCACCUCGUCCCCCCUGCUUCACCCCGCCCACCUCAUUAGCCCCAGCCUCAUAUUCCGCCCCCACCUCCUAAUA